AUGGCCAAAAUAGAAAGCGAUGACGCUGAAGAAAUUUUAGUUGAUGUCCCACCGACUCGGGCGGACAUAUUGCAUGCUUGCGAUAUUAUGGAGGAUGUCGCAAUUGCUUACGGUUUUAAUAACAUUCCAAAAACUUUACCCAGUAGUGCUACCAUUGGUAAAGCCUUGCCAAUAAAUAAAUUGAGCGAUUUAAUAAGAAAAGAGUUGGCAUUGGCAGGUUGGACUGAAGUCUUGCCUUUGAUUUUGUGCUCUCAUGACGAAAAUUUUGCAUAUUUAAACAAAAAAGACGACAACGCGACCGCCGUAAAACUGGCUAACCCUAAGACAUUUGAGUACCAAGUAGUCCGUACCUCACUAUUACCCGGUGUUCUGAAAACUGUAAGAGAAAACAAGAAACAUCCAUUGCCAAUCAAAGUUUUUGAUGUUUCAGAUGUUGUUUUCAAAGAUGAUUCGUUAGAGAGGAGAUCACGAAAUAAAAGACAUGUUUGCGCAAUCUACUGUAGUAAAGUAUCAGGCUUUGAGUUUAUCGCAUCUUCCAGUGAUGAAAACGGAUAUUUCAUAAAAGAAUCUGAUG